UAGUAUUUAACUUAAAGAAAAGUUUUGACUGUUAAUGUCCUGACCAAAGGAAGAUCAGAGGACCUAUUGAGAGACAGAGAGACAGGAUGGGUAAUUUCCUUUAGAAUUCCAUCCGCUCCCAUUCUUCAAUGUGUUCUCACUAGAUACGACAGAUUUAAAAACCCGUCACUGAAAACCACCUGUCUACGAUACCCAGAUCUCUGUUUCUCUUAAUUUGAUCAAAAUUAUUCACCAUCUUAUUUAUCGAAGUUCCCCUGUUUCUACAUGAUCUUUUGCUCUGUUUUCCGCACGAAGUCUUAUAACUUCUCUGCUUGAUGAUAUGCUCUUUAGCUUCUAGUCUAUCCGUUUCAAUUCUCUUCUCUGGUUUGAUCCUUGUAAACUAGUCUUUGUCUAAAUUUAGUUCCUUUUUCGAAUUCGAAGUACAAUCCCACAACUCUUUUCCCCUGCUUUUGGUAUCCAAAUUACUCUCUAGCCAUAUCUCCACCUAAUUAGUUUGAUCCUAAUAGCCAUUUCUCCCCCCUCUAAAUCCCCUGCUUUUGCUGUAUAGAUUUUCGGUUUUUCGACUGGAACUCGUCUUAUCCAACGAGUCCUGCCUAGUUUCUGGGCCUCCCACUUCAAAAACCCGAUUUGUAUUUUUCGAAUUUGAACAAACCCAAUCAUGGGAAUUCAGAAAGAUAGGGUGAGAUUCAAUGUUGGAGGCAGACUCUUUGAAACAACUGCGGCAACCCUAGCAAACGCCGGUCGAAAUUCGAUAUUCGGCGCGAUGUUCGACGAGAAUUGGACUCUACAAACAGAUAGUUCCGGGGAAUAUUUCAUUGAUCGGAACCCGGAUUGCUUUUCCAUCCUCCUCGAUCUCCUCAGAACCGGCGAGCUCUACAUUCCUGUGGAUAUUCCAGAAAAACUCCUCUACCGGGAGGCCCUGUUCUAUGGCCUUCUAGCCCGCGUUCGCUCCUCGAAAUGGGGUCCCUUUGAUGGCAAUCGAUUGCGGCUUUCUCGUUCUAUAACCGGUCAAGCACCUGGCGAUGGAACGGCGAUUCGAGCUGGCCCCGAUGGUGGAUGCUGCGUUGCUCAUGGUAGCAUGGUUCACGUCUAUGACUGGAUGCUAGAUGAGCAUGCACCAAUAACGCUCGAUUACCAAAGAGUCAAUGAUGUUGGCUGGAUUGACUCACAGGGUAUUGUGAUCAGUGUGUGUGAACGAUUAGGCCGUGGAGAUGGUGGGAUGGGUCUGUUCAGUUCAUCAACAGGGGAGCUGAGGCAUAAGUUUCAAGUCAAUCAUGAUAAUCAAGUCAAGAGCUUUACUGCUGGGGCUUUGAGUUUCAGCUCGGAUUGCAAGAUAUUUUCUAGUUGUAAAGGUCGGAGUAAUGAGUAUGGUAUUGGAGUCUGGGACCAAGUCACAGGAAAACAAACUGAUUUUUUCUAUGAGCCUCUUGGUUGGUCACUUGGUGAUGCUGACAAACUCCAAUGGCUACAUGGGAGCAACUGUUUGUUGGUUGCAUCUUUGUUUCCUAGGAAGGACAAUUGUUACAUUAGUUUGUUGGAUUUUAGGGAUAAGAAGAUGGCUUGGUCUUGGUCUGAUAUUGGUGCUCCUACGACUGUGGAUGAGAAGCGGGUUAGAGAUGCAAUAGCAAUGGAGGAGAAUAGCUCUAUCUGUGUGGUGAAUGAAUAUGAGGAUUUAGGUUUCAUGGACUUGAGAAGCACUGCUGGGAGCAUCAGGUGGAGCUCAAGAAGCCGGUUGAUGAAGGGGAAGAUGCCGGACGAGCCAUGUUACCCUAAAUUGGCAUUGCAUGAAGGGCAACUCUUCUCGUCAAUGAAUGAUUCCAUAUCAGUGUUCUGUGGUCCUGAUUGGGUUUUAACGUCGAGGCUGGGUCGAAGCUAUGGAGGUUCGAUAUGUGAUUUUUCUAUAGGUGGUGAUCGGCUCUUCGCGCUGCAUAGUGAAGAAAAUGUGUUUGAUAUAUGGGAGACUCCACCUCCUCCUAUUAUAUGAUUCAGCAAUGGUCUGCUUGUUUUUGGUCUUUGUGUUUCUUCCCUUUUGAUAUACAUGGUUUUCCUUUUUGUUUUCUAGAAUAUAGGUGGAGUUGCAGUUAGGCCUAUAAGUAGAGUUCUGAGCUUGUAUAGGGUUUGCUAAUUCUUAGAGAGAUGAAGAUGAUUGCUUUAACUAGGUUUAACCUCAUAUAACACAGAGGGACAUCAAAAAGUGUGUAUAAAAUGGGGGUUUCCCAUUGUUACAAAAGAAACGAAAAUGAUUGCUGAACUAAAUUACAGAGAGGAACAUGUUUUUGUUGGGAAGAUGCAUCUACUCGUCAAUUGUGGGUCUACUUGCAUGUUUCGUUUUCAAACUGACCAGGAAUGCCUCUUUCAUUCUCUCUUUUUUGGCAUCUCUCUUUUUGUUCUUUUUGACCUCUGCUUU